AGAAUCUACCGUCGACCAGAAGAGCCCUAGAAAACCCUAGUAGCAUCCACAAUUCCACAUAACCUCGCCCGCGCCGCCUCCCCCACGAGACGCCUUCUUGCUCUCGCUUCCGGUGACGCCCGCCACUUCCUCCCCGACGAGAUGACGAAACGCACCAAGAAGGCAGGAAUCGUUGGCAAAUAUGGUACCAGGUAUGGUGCCAGUUUACGUAAACAGAUCAAGAAGAUGGAGGUCUCGCAGCACUCCAAAUACUUCUGUGAGUUCUGUGGCAAGUUUGCCGUGAAGAGGAAAGCAGUUGGUAUCUGGGGAUGCAAGGACUGUGGGAAGGUUAAGGCCGGUGGCGCCUACACAAUGAACACUGCUAGUGCGGUCACUGUGAGAAGCACAAUCCGGCGCCUGCGGGAGCAGACCGAAGCAUGAUUGCGGGCAGCUUGAAAAGGAGUACCUGGAUUUUUGUAGUUCAGCCAAGAGCCGUGAACCAUUUUGCCUUUUUAGCUAAAUGAACAAGAAAUGUUUAUCUAUCUGUAGUGACCACUUUGUACUCAUGGUUUGUCAUGCUAAAUUGAUGGUAUGCACUAUGCAAUGCAAAUACUUGCGUAAUCGUAUGUUUUCUUGUGCUGCCGAA